AUGCCCUUCGUGUCUCUAGAACAAACUCAACUACCUACCCCGUCCGACACGCCGAAGGCGAUGGAGCAGGAUGAAGCCUGCCCGGCCUCAUAUCCCCAUCACUCUACCACAUGGACUCCAGUCGACAGCAUGACCCCCAUCUGUACCAAUCCAUCGAGAAAGCGGUCGCGCGACGAAUCCGCCUUCGGCCAUGAGGCAGACGGCUCUUACUUUGCCUCAGUCGAUACCCCGGCGCCCAUUCCCGAGGAAGAGCCUAUCUACGGUGAAGGUAUGGUCUUGCUCAAUCCUAAAACGGGCCUGUCCGUUUCGGCGGAGAGCCAAACCGGCACCUGGUAUGAGGAAAAGGCGGACGAGAAGGCGUUGGAAGAGCAAGCCAAAGCGGCGCAAUUCCGGCCCAAGAUGCCUCCCAGUCGAAAAUCUGUUCGAUUGUCUCAAAGCUCAAUCCGUCUACCCAUCGAUACUUCCAUUACCUCCGCACCGGCAAGCCCACCUAAAACCGCCGGGGAUCGACCCGAGUUCGACGAGGCUACCAUAACCUUGGGCAUUGGCUGGACUAAGAUGGCGUUGGAAGAUGAAGCCAUUCAGGCGGCGGCCAGAGGCUGGGCGAAAUAUUUGGAAAACCAUUAUGCCAGAUAUAUCCAUGGAGCACAGAUUUUACUCAAAAGCUCUGGUCUCAACGCCUAUCUCGUGGGCUGUCAGGAAGGCUUUUUCCUAUUUAGCGAAGACCUGCUGGAGGGUAAGCUGGUGGGCAGGACUUGGGAGACAUGUCUACAAAAUCUGAUGUCCAAUCCCAUGGCAUUCGAAGGCGAAGACGUCUUGCGGGCCGAGAGAACUCCGGGCCCAGAAGCCGCCCAACCUCAACUAUCUCAGCGAGACAUGACGGAGAUUUGGGCCGAUUAUAACCGACUUAACAGCCCUAGAUCGAUAGCUGUUGCUAACGGUGGAAUGGACUUGGACUGA